GACUCCAUCUUCCAAAAAUACCAGAAGGCUCGUCAAGUGGCUCAGCUGAUAAAGACAACUGCCACAAAGCAUGACAGCCUGAGUUCCACCCCAGAGCAUGAGCAAAAUAAACAGUAAGAAUAAGGGACAAAAAGCCAAUCAGAAACUAUAUUUAAUAUAUUUACUGUAACUCCAGGGAAUCUGACACUCACAUACAUGUACACACACAUACAUAGUUAAUAUAAGAAACGUCCAUUCUUAGGGGUUGGGGAGAUGACUGUAAGAGUAUGCAGAGGGCUAGAGAAAUGGCUCAGCGAUUAAGAGCACUGACUGCUCUUCCAGAGGUCCUGAGUUCAAUUCCCAGCAACCACAUGAUGGCUCACAAUCAUCUACAAUGAGAUCUGGUGCCCUCUUCUGGCAUGUAGGCACACAUGCAGAUGGAACACUGUAUAGCUAAUAAAUAAAAUCUUUAAAAAAAAAAAAGAGUAUGCAGAUAUAGGUUCGAAUCCCCAGUACCCUUCUAAAAUGGCAGAGGUGAGGAGCAGGAGCCUAUCAUCCCAGUGCUAUGAGAUACAGGCAGAACUACCUGGAGCUCACUGGCCAACCAGAGUAGCCAAAAGGUUUAGGGAAACUGUCAAAAAAAAAAGUAGGGCUGGACGACACCCAACUACCUGUACUGGUCCUUGCGUGUGUACAAAACCACAGAGAUCUUUUUAAAUACAAUUGCUAAAGAAAGUUGGUAAAAACAAAACUACCUGGUUUUCCCAAUAGACUGGGGAAAAUGAAGAGGCCAAAGAGCGCUGUGAAGGGCUGUUUCCAACCCUGCGAGGAGCUCUCGCCACAGGCUCCGCCCGCCCGCAGAGCCCCGCCCUAGUGGUCGAGCGCCCGCGCCAGCGGCUCCGCCCGCAGUUCCUGCACAGCUGCGCUCCCGGCGGCAGAGCCAGGGGCAGCUCCGGGACAGGUGACACCGAGCGGAACCAUCGGAUAACCACAGGCGGGCAGGGGCCGGGAGCUCCGCGGGCCGAAACCCCGCGAGGCAGGAGGCAGGGAGGCGGUUUCGACUCGGCCCAGGGUCGACCUCCGCGGCUUUGCGCUUUUCCGGUUUCAAGGAUGGGGCGGGGCCUGCGGUGCACCGUCAGCCACUCUGGUGCGUGACGGCACGGUGACGCCACGGCGCCUCUUCCACGCCCCUUUCCGGGGUCCGCACCGUGGGACAGAAUCUGGGUUGCGCGGCCAGCCAACCGCGCUCGCGUAUGCAAAUACCCGCAGGCCCCUCCUCCAGGCGCCGCUCACGCGGUCCUCUGGCCUGCGGAUCCCAGUCCAGGCGCUCAGGCCCUGAUGCCACUUGCAAUUCGCGCCCUGCCGCCGGGGGUCGCCAGAGCGCUACGGCACCAUGCAUGCCUGCCCGGGAGCGUCCGCAGCCCCGCGCCGGACGGCCGCACUGCCAGCCCAGGCCCAGUGAGCUCCGCACGAGGCCCCGGAAGAUCGUGUUUGCGGAUGAGCUGCAACCCCGGGCCCCACUGCACCCAGAGAAGCAUCCCAGGGAUCUGGGACCCCGCCCCAACCCAGUGCCUGACUACGAGCUUAAGUACCCACCAGUGACCAGCAGAAGGGACCGAAGCCGCUAUGCCGCAGUGUUUCAGGACCAGUACGAAGAGUUCUUGGAGCUCCAGCGGCAGGUGGGGGCCAUGCAGGCUAAGCUCCAGCAACUGGAGGCUCUGCUGCUGUCACUGCCCCCGCCGCGAAGCCAGGUCAGCCCAGGACCUCCUGUGCCCCAGCCUCCCUGCGGCUGUGCUGCGUCUACCGGGUGGAAUGCUGUCACAGCCAUGGUGGCCCUUCUGAGCCCCUUCCCCACCUUGCCCUUUCAGAAGGAGGUUCGCAUGGCAGCUCAUGUCAGAAGAGAGUUUGAGAAGAAGCGGGUGGUGAGUGGAGACCCCUGAGGCCACAGAUUUGGGAUCCUGGUUUCCUGGAUAAGCAAGCUCGCUGUGACUACCUGAAGGGUAAACUGAGGCACCUCAAGGCCCAGAUCCGCAAAUUUGAUGACCAAAGGGACAGCAACAGUGAGAACUCCGUGUACUUCUGAGUGUCUUAGACAUGGUGGUCGGCUCCUCUUCCCACGGGGAACCACACCAGUUCUUCCCGGGAAAGCAAGUCCUGUUGAGAAUCCCAGAGAAUAAACAUGGAAUAGACA